AUGGCCGACUCGAUCACUCCGCAGACGCCGCCGAGGAAGCUUUUCAAGCCCUCGAUCAAGACCAAGACGCCGACUCCAGUGAGACGGCCGCGAUCGGGCACUUCGACUUCAGCACAGUCGACGCGCUCCUUCGGUCAGCCUACGCGCCAGGCCGCGCCCAACUCCGCACAGAAGGGUACCCCUGACGCUCCACGGUCCGGGUCGGUCGCGUCGCAGUCCACAGGCUCGUUACGCAAACCCGCCCUCGAUGAUGUCGCCAAAUCUACAACCUUGGCCCCUCUCACCGACGCCUCAGAAGCUCCUUCGGGCAAGCUCGAUGACUACGCUGCCUCGGAUACCACUGGCGAUACACCCAUCGGCUUGGUCGACCAUGACGUCCUUACCCCCACCGACACGGCCAGUCGAAGCACCGACACCGGGGGCCCACUGUCUAGAAACACCUCGGACACUUUACAACGCACCACGUCUAGCUUCAAGGACAAGAUUGCUCGCGCGAAGGAAAACUCCAAGGACCCGAGUGACGCUGCAACUGGCGCUGCCGGUGGCGAGAGAGACGGCGGCUCGGACGCCAAAGAAUCAUCAUCGCAGAAUAUGACCGAUUCUCUCAAGAGCUUGGCUGGAAACGCCGACGGCCCCCUCGAGGACACGGCCAAUGAUCUGAUGGAGUCGAUGUCCAACUCAACCGAAAAACUGCCAUCGCCCUCCGAGAUGGCCAAGUUCUUCUCGGACCAAGGGCAUUCGGAGAUGAGCAGCUUUAUCCAAGCUCUACUCGAAAGCGCCUCAGAGGAGUCCUCCAAGGAUGCUGACGAGGGCGCAAACGAUGCUGGCGACAGUGCAAAGGGUGCUGGCGAUGGCGCAGACUCUACGAACGACUCGGCCAAAGCUGCCACAGAUCAGGCUGACCAAAGGCAUCCGGAGAUGAACAGCUUCAUCCAAGCUCUACUCGGAAAUGCCUCAGAGGACUCCUCAAAGGAUGCUGGCGAGGGCGCAAACUCUACAAACGACUUGGCCAAAGCUACCACAGAUCAGGCUGGCAAGAAUACUACUGGUGGCCUCACCGAUGUCUCACCCAACCCAAUGGAAGAAUUGCCUAACGACGACAACCUAGUCGCAGAGCCGAACGAGAGGGCGAAGCAAGCCAUUGGCGACACUGCUACCGAUGCAAAGCAGAAGGGAUCAGAUGGUAUAGAAUCGGACAAGGCGAGCUCGAGCGAGGCCAACAAUGAUGCUGCCAGUGCAGUCCAGGGCAAAGCGUCCGAUGUCUCGAAGAAGGCUGAAGGUGCCACAAACAACGCGAAUGGCAGUGGACCCGGCGUUGCGCCGACCAACAAAGUGGGCGAACCUGAUACCUCCAGUAUCUCUGAAAAGGCGCAAGUUGCCGCACCGAAGAAAUUGAACUGGCAGCCGCGCAAACGGCAAGCUUCACAGGCCACCAAAGCCUCCGACAGUGCCAAGGGAGCAGCAAUGGGUUCCAAACCCAACACACCCAACGGCGCUUCAGGAGCUACGCAAAGCGCAGACAACAUGGGUCAACCCGCGCAUAUCCAACGACGCAUCGACAUUCCCUUGCAACGCUCCGAUAAGGGUGCGAACGGCACUGCCGAGGCUGCCAAGCCCGGAAUGGGCAACAGCACGAACAGCCUUGGUGACGUCAAGGACCUACCGGGCACGGAUGACCUGUACAGUCCAGAUGAUCUCGACGAUCUCCCGAACGGCGAGUCCCAGGACCCACCAGAAGAGAUCCUGGACCCGUCGGUACAUUCUUCUUCAAAUAUUACGCCCAUUCCCCAAAUCCCAAAAGUUGCCUCGAUCGGUUCACAGCCUCCUCUCGACCUUGCGCGCCUCGCCCGCGGGCUUGGCGGCCACACCGUUGAUGAUGUCGGAAACAUCGUAAACGAGUCGGGCAAAGUUCUUGGGCACGCGACCGGUGACCUACCAGCAAUGGUGGGGAAGAAGGUCUCGGAUGACGGUGAGGUGUACGGGAAUGAUGGAGACGUUGUUGGCUACGUGUCCGAGAACUUCACAGAGCCGCCGCCACCUGCGGACAUACCGAGUGAAGCGCUGGGCGGACUGAAGGUCGAUCACGAAGGCAACAUAUUGGACUCGGAGGGCAACAUCAUCGGACAGUUCCAUCAAAAGCCAGGAGCAAACGGCGCGCUGCCACCAUUCGCGAAUUCAGGUCAAACCGGCGCUAAGAAGCCGGGCGACGAACCUGCCCAGGAGUCGAAGCCGAGCGUAAAUGCUCACACGGGGGGAAGCCCGUCAGACAUCUUCCUGGAUGUCAAAUCUACGAAUGACGGCAUACAAUUGACGAUCCGCAUCCCUACCACAUUUUCGAAGCCGCCAAAGGGUUCAUGA